AUGACUUCAACUAUGACUUUAUCUUCCACAGAUAUAACCUAAUAAUCACCUAGGCCAAGCUGUAAAAAGAGACCUUAGCUUUCAUUGUAGGUGAAUUUUUUAAAUAUUUAGAAGGUGGUUGAUAAGGAGGAUUAAGAAUAAGUGAUUUCUAAGUCAGCACAUAAAAUAUAGAGUAUUGAUACCUUCAGCUUCAAAGAGAUCUAAUCUGCAGAAACUCUUAAAAAUAUCUACGAUAACUACCAUUUCUUUAAGACUUUCUAUGAUACAUCAAUGAGAAGAUGCAAUAGACCUUAAAUGGAAGACCGUUAUUGUGCUUUGCUGUAGUAAAAAUAAAACCAGUUCAAGGAGAGCUUCUUUGGUGUCUUUGAUGGACAUAAAAAUUACGAAAUAUCAAACUUUUUGAAGAAUAAUCUAUAUUAAUCGAUACAAACUUAAAAUAGUUAUGAAUAAAAUAUAAAAGAGAGUAUUAUAUAAGCCUCUUUAAUGCUGGACAAAGAAAUAUAAGAGAUGAUUAAAGUUAGAAAUUUAAAAGGAGGAUCAACAGCAUUAUGUGCUCUAAUAAGAAAUAAAACAAUAAAUUUAUUAAAUGUGGGCGAUUCUAUUGCUGCUAUUGUUUCUUAUGAUGGAAUCAGAUAAAUAAAUGAAUAACAUCGUCCUAGCAACCCUAAAGAAUAAGAAAUUUUAAUUCAAAAGGGAGCUGUGCUUUUAGAGAGAAGUGGAGUAUCAAGAAUUAAUGGCGAACUAGCAAUUUCUAGAUCAUUCGGUGAUAAUGAAUUCAAAGAAUUCAUCACUUCAAUGCCUGAUGUAUACAGCUUUGAUAUUCAAAGCAAUGACUAAUAUUUACUUCUUGCUACUGAUGGAUUUUGGGAUGUAAUUAAUUUAGAAGAAGCAAAUUAUUUUAUUAAGCAGUGGGAAGUUGAAAAACAAGACAGAGAAAAUAUUGAUAAUCUAUCUUCAUUUUUGAUUAAUCAAGCCUGCACAAAAAUUACGAAUUUCAAGAAGGAUAAUAUGACUGUUUUAGUAGUAGAUUUGCAGUACUUGAAAUCCGAUUAACCUUUACUACUUUCAAGAUAUAGUCUGGAAUGA